UGUAGUCCUCAUACCACGCCUUCUCGUUUUUAACUCAGUAGUAGUCCAGGGAACCUGGAGGGUAAUCUAAACGUAAAGCGUCACCCACGGUCGUGAACUGUAGGCUCCCUUUGCAUCCGGGACCUUAUUGUGGCCUUAGCUGGGUGGGGAAUGGUGUCGCCUAGCAGCCGUCGCCGCUUUGGCUAGCUCGGGACCGGUUGGCAGGACCCAGAGAACGCGUGGAACCGCUCUAGGGAGCUGUCAGCUUGGUGGGUGCGGUAGAUGAGGGACCUCCGCUGGCUACCAGGCUUAGUCUAGAGAGUGGAGCACAGUGAAAGAAUUCAAGAUGCCACCUAAUAUAAACUGGAAAGACUUAAUGAAAGUUGACCCAGAUGACCUACCUCGUCAAGAAGAACUGGCAGAUAAUUUAUUGAUUUCCUUAUCCAAGGUGGAAGUAAAUGAGCUAAAAAAUGAAGACCAAGAAAAUGUGAUACAUCUUUUCAGAAUUACUCAGUCGCUGAUGAAGAUGAAAGCUCAAGAAGUAGAGCUAGCUUUGGAAGAAGUUGAAAAAGCUGGAGAAGAACAAGCAAAAUUUGAAAAUCAAUUAAAAACUAAAGUCAUGAAACUGGAAAAUGAACUGGAGAUGGCUCAGCAGUCUGUAGGUGGACGGGACACUCGGUUUUUACGUGAUGAAAUUCGCCAACUUGAAAAGCAAUUGGAACAAAAAGAUAGAGAAUUGGAGGACAUAGAAAAGGAGUUGGAGAAAGAGAAGAAAGUUAAUGAACAAUUGGCUCUUCGAAAUGAGGAGGCAGAAAAUGAAAACAGCAAAUUAAGAAGAGAGAACAAACGUCUAAAGAAAAAGAAUGAACAGCUUCGACAGGAUGUUAUGGACUACCAGAAACAAAUAGAUUCACAAAAAGAAACACUUUUAUCAAGAAGAGGAGAAGACAGUGACUACCGAUCACAGUUGUCUAAAAAAAACUAUGAACUUGUCCAAUAUCUAGAUGAAAUUCAGACUUUAACAGAAGCUAAUGAGAGAAUUGAAGUUCAAAAUGAAGAAAUGAGAAAAAAUCUAGAAGAGUCUGUACAAGAAAUGGAGAAAAUGACUGAUGAAUAUAAUAGAAUGAAAGCUAUUGUGCAUCAGACAGAUAAUAGAAUGGACCAAUUAAAAAAAGAAAAUGAUCAUUAUCGACUUCAAGUCCAGGAGCUUACAGAUCUUCUGAAAGCAAAAAAUGAAGAAGAUGAUCCAGUCAUGGUAGCUGUCAAUGCAAAAGUAGAAGAAUGGAAGUUAAUUUUGUCUUCUAAAGAUGAUGAAAUUAUUGAAUAUCAGCAAAUGUUACAUAACCUGAGAGAGAAACUUAAAAAUGCCCAGCUUGAUGCUAAUAAAAGUAAUGUUAUGGCUCUACAACAGGGUAUACAGGAACGAGACAGUCAAAUUAAGAUGCUCACUGAACAAGUAGAACAAUAUACGAAAGAUAUGGAAAAAAAUACUUUUAUUAUUGAAGAUUUAAAAAAUGAGCUCGACAGAAACAAAGGUGCUUCCACUCUUUCUCAACAGAGUCAUUACAUGAAAAUUCAGUCAAAGGUACAAAUUUUAGAAGAGAAAACUAAAGAGGCUGAGAGAACAGCUGAACUGGCUGAGGCUGAUGCUAGGGAAAAGGAUAAAGAAUUAGUUGAGGCUCUGAAGCGAUUAAAAGAUUAUGAAUCGGGAGUAUAUGGUUUAGAAGAUGCUGUUGUUGAAAUAAAGAAUUGUAAAAACCAAAUUAAAAUAAGAGAUCGAGAGAUUGAAGUAUUGACACAGGAAAUCAAUAAACUUGAGUUGAAGAUAAAUGAUUUCCUUGAUGAAAAUGAGGCACUUAGAGAGCGUUUGGGCCUUGAACCAAAGACAAUGAUUGACUUAACUGAAUUUAGAAAUAGUAAACGUUUAAAACAGCAGCAGUACAGAGCUGAAAACCAGGUUCUUUUGAAAGAGAUUGAAAGUCUGGAGGAGGAACGAAUUGAUUUGAAAAAAAAAAUUCGUCAGAUGGCUCAAGAAAGAGGAAAAAGAAGUGUAACUUCAGGAUUAACCAUUGAGGACCUGAACCUAACUGAAAAUGUUUCUCAAGAUAGAGUAGGAGAAACAAAAUGGGAUUUAAUGAGCCUCAGAAAUAUGAAUGAAGCACAAUCAAAGAUUAGGAGUUCAGAUAAAAUAGAGCUGCUCCCUAGGAGACCAUCAUUCAGUAUUCCACAAUCAGAUCAGAAUGAGCCAGAAGAAAAUAUGACCUUAGGAUCAUUAUCAAGAAUGUUAUCUGAAAUCCAUCAUAGUACAGAAAGUGGAGUGGAUCCGUUUGUGUCUUUAACUAGACAUUCUUCAUCUGUGCAAGUAAAAGAUAAUUCAACUCCAGAAACUAUUACAAUAAGAAAGAUUUUUAAAGCACCCUAUCUACAAUCUUUAAGAAAUCUAGAAUCAUUAGUCAGUACCUUUAGUAGGGAGAGCCAUGAAGAAAUAGAUGACUACCUAGGCUCUCUUUCUGAUGACUAUAUGAAGAAAGUAUCAAGAAGCCAUCAAACAGUAGAGAAGACUUUCAUACAAAAAAGUGAUUCAUCUUUUCAAGCUUUAUCAACAGCUUCAGACUUAAUGCAGAAGUUAUCACUUAGGCAAAAAUCUACAAUAUUUUGUCAACAAAUUCACGAUCAUAGAGAUGACAUGGAUAAAUCACAGUUAGCAGCAUCAGAAGAUGAACAGGUUCAUACUCAAAUAAAGUAUUCUGAUAUCAAUUUGAAAGAAGAUAAAAGAAAAAGGAAAGUACCCUUACAGACAGAGAUUUUGAAAAGUAAGCUUGAGGUUAAUCUUCUGGACCCUGUGCCUAUUACUGCACAAGCAAAAUUAUCUCAGAUAGAUCCUCUUGACAAUCUUAUAGAACAGCUACGGAGAGAACUAGUAUUUCUUAGAUCUCAGAAUGAAAUCAUAGCGCAGGAUUUAUUGAUCAAAGAAGCAGAGAGUAGAAAUGCAGAAAUAGAGCUUGAACGUCAUAGAAGCCAGGCAGAACAGAAUGAAUUUCUUUCAAGAGAACUAUUUGAAAAGGAAAGAGAUUUAGAAAGAAGUAGGACAGUUAUAGUCAAAUUUCAGAAUAAAUUAAAAGAAUUAUUUGAAGAAAAUAAGCAACUUGAAGAAGGUAUGAAAGAAAUAUUGCAGGCCAUUAAGGAAAUGCAGAAAGAUCCUGAUGUUAAAGGAGGAGAAACAUCUCUAAUUAUCCCUAGUCUUGAAAGACUAGUUAAUGCUAUCGAGUCAAAGAAUGCAGAAGGAAUCUUUGAUGCCAGUCUGCAUUUGAAAGCUCAAGUUGAUCAACUUACUGGAAGGAAUGAAGAAUUAAGACAGGAACUCAGGGAAUCUCGGAAAGAGGCUAUAAAUUACUCGCAGCAGUUGGCAAAAGCAAAUUUAAAGAUAGAUCAUCUUGAAAAAGAAACCAGUCUUUUACGACAAUCAAAAGGAUCAAAUGUUGUGUUUAAAGGAGUUGAUUUACCUGAUGGGAUAGCACCAUCUAGUGCCAAUAUUAUUAAUUCUCAGAAUGAAUAUUUAAUACAUCUCUUACAGGAACUAGAAAAUAAAGAAAAGAAAUUAAAGAAUUUAGAAGAUUCUCUUGAAAGCUAUAACCGAAAAUUUGCAGUGAUUCGUCAUCAACAAAGUUUGUUGUAUAAAGAAUAUCUAAGUGAAAAGGAAACCUGGAAAAUGGAAUCUGACACAAUAAAAGAGGAAAAGAGAAAGCUUGAGGAUCAAAUCCAACAAGAUGCUAUAAAAGUCAAAGAAUAUAAUAAUUUGCUCAGUGCUCUUCAGAUGGAUUCAGAUGAAAUGAAAAAAAUACUUUCAGAAAAUAGUAGAAAAAUGACUGUUUUGCAAGUGAAUGAAAAAUCACUCAUAAGGCAGUAUACAACUUUGGUAGAAAUGGAGCGACAACUUAGAAAAGAAAAUGGGAAACAAAAGAAUGAGCUGUUGUCAAUAGAGGCUGAAGUUUGUGAAAAAAUUGGAUGUUUGCAAAGAUUUAAGGAAAUGGCCAUUUUCAAGAUUGCAGCUCUCCAAAAAGUUGUAGAUAACAGUGUCUCUCUGUCUGAACUAGAACUGGCCAAUAAACAAUACAAUGAACUGACUGCUAAAUACAGGGAUAUCUUGCAGAAAGAUAAUAUGCUUGUUCAAAGAACAAAUAACUUAGAACACCUAGAGUGUGAAAAUACAUCCUUAAAAGAACAAAUAGAGGCUGUAAAUAAAGAACUGGAGAUUACCAAGGAAAAACUUCACACUAUUGAACAAGCCUGGGAACAAGAAACUAAAUUAGGAAAUGAAUCUCACAUGGAUAAGGCAAAGAAAUCAAUAACGAACAGUGACAUUGUUUCUAUUUCAAAAAAAAUAACUAUGUUGGAAAUGAAGGAAUUAAAUGAAAGGCAGCGGGCUGAACACUGUCAAAAAAUGUAUGAACACUUAAGGACUUCAUUAAAGCAAAUGGAAGAACGUAAUUUUGAAUUGGAAACCAAAUUUGCAGAGCUUACCAAAAUCAACUUGGAUGCACAGAAGGUGGAACAGAUGUUAAGAGAUGAAUUAGCUGAUAGUGUGAGCAAGGCAGUAAGUGAUGCUGAUAGGCAACGGAUUCUAGAAUUAGAGAAGAAUGAAAUGGAACUAAAAGUUGAAGUGUCAAAGCUGAGAGAGAUUUCUGAUAUUGCCAAAAGGCAAGUUGAAAUUUUGAAUGCACAUCAACAGUCCAGGGACAAGGAAGUAGAGUCCCUCAGAAUGCAACUGCUGGACUAUCAGGCACAGUCUGAUGAAAAGGCACUAAUUGCCAAGUUGCACCAAUGUAUUGUCUCUCUUCAAAUUAGUGAGGCUACUGCUCUUGGUAAGUUGGAGUCAGUUACGUCUAAACUGAAGAAGGUGGAGGCCUACAAUUUGCGGUUAGAACAGAAACUCGAUGAAAAAGAACAGGCUCUCUAUUAUGCUCGUUUGGAGGGGAGAAACAGAGCAAAACAUCUGCGCCAAACAAUUCAGUCUCUACGACGACAGUUUAGUGGAGCUUUACCCUUGGCACAACAGGAAAAGUUCUCUAAAAUAAUGAUUCAACUACAAAAUGACAAAAUUAAGAUAAUGCAAGAAAUGAAAAAUUCUCAGCAAGAACAUAGAAAUAUGGAGAACAAAACCUUGGAGAUGGAAUUAAAGUUAAAGGGCCUAGAAGAGUUAAUAAGCACUUUAAAGGAUGCCAGGGGAGCCCAAAAGGUAACCAAUUGGCAUAUGAAAAUAGAAGAACUUCGUCUUCAAGAGCUUAAACUAAAUCGAGAAUUAGUCAAGGAUAAGGAGGAAAUAAAAUAUUUGAAUAAUAUAAUUUCUGAAUAUGAGCAUACAAUCAGCAGUCUAGAGGAAGAAAUUGUGCAGCAGAACAAGUUUCAUGAAGAAAGACAAAUGGCCUGGGAUCAAAGAGAAGUUGAGCUGGAACGUCAACUAGACAUUUUUGACCGACAGCAAAAUGAAAUACUAAAUGCUGCACAAAAGUUUGAAGAGGCUACAGGAUCAAUACCAGACCCUACUUUGCCCCUCCCUAAUCAACUUGAGAUUGCACUAAGAAAAAUUAAGGAGAAUGUUCGAAUAAUCGUAGAAACAAGGGCAACUUGCAAAUCACUAGAAGAGAAGCUAAAAGAAAAAGAAUCUACUUUAAAGUUAGCAGAGCAAAAUAUUCUCUCAAGAGACAAAGUAAUCAAUGAACUGAGGAUUCGAUUGCCUGCCACUGCAGAAAGAGAAAAGCUUAUAGCUGAGCUAGGCAGAAAAGAAGUGGAACCAAAAUCUCAUCACACAUUGAAAAUUGCUCAUCAAACCAUUGCAAACAUGCAAGCAAGGUUAAAUCAAAAGGAAGAAGUGUUAAAGAAAUAUCAACAUCUUCUAGAAAAAGCCAGAGAGGAGCAAAGAGAAAUUGUUAGGAAGCAUGAGGAAGACCUUCAUAUUCUUCAUAAUAAAUUAGAACUACAGGCUGAUAGUUCACUCAAUAAAUUCAAACAAACAGCUUGGGAUUUAAUAAAACAGUCUCCCACUCCAGUUCCUACCAACAAGCAUUUUGUUCGUCUGGCUGAGAUGGAACAGACAGUAGCAGAACAAGAUGACUCUCUCUCCUCACUGUUGGUCAAAUUAAAGAAAGUAUCACAAGAUUUAGAGAGACAAAGAGAAAUCACUGAAUUAAAAGUCAAAGAAUUUGAAAAUGUCAAAUUACGGCUCCAAGAAAACCAUGCAGAUGAACUGAAAAAAGUAAAAGCAGAAGUAGAGGAUUUAAGGUGCCUUCUGGGCCAGUCACAAAAGGAGUCACAGAGUUUAAAAUCUGAACUUCAGGCUCAAAAAGAAGCAAAUUCGAGAGCUCCAACAACUACAAUGAGAAAUCUGGUAGAUCGGCUAAAGAACCAAUUGGCUUUGAAAGAAAAACAACAGAAAGCACUUAGUCGAGCACUUUUGGAACUCCGGGCAGAAAUGACAACAGCUGCUGAAAAACGUGUUAUUUCUGCAACUUCCCAGAAAGAAGCACAACUCAACAUUCAACAAAUUGUUGACCAACAUACUAGAGAGCUAAAGUCACAAAUUGAAGAUUUAAGUGAAAAUCUUUUAAAAUUGAAAGAAGCUCUUAAAACAAGUAAAAAUAGAGAAAACUCACUAACUGAUAAUGUGAAUGACUUAAACAAUGAACUGCAAAAAAACCAAAAAGCCUAUAAUAAAAUACUUAGAGAGAAAGAUAGAAUUGAUCAAGAAAAUGCUGAACUGAAAAGGCAAAUCAAAAGAUUAGCCAGUGGAUUACAGGGCAAACCUUUGAUAGAUAAUAAACAAAGUUUAAUUGAAGAACUACAAAAGAAAGUAAAAAAGCUAGAAAGCCAACUGGAAAGAAAAGUGGAUGAAGUAGACAUAAAACCUAUAAAAGAAAAGAGUUCUAGAGAAGAAUUAAUUAGGUGGGAAGAAGGUAAAAAAUGGCAAACUAAAAUGGAGGGAAUUAGAAACAAGUUAAAAGAGAAAGAGGGGGAAGUCUGUACUCUAACAAAGCAGUUGAAUACUUUGAAGGACCUUUUUGCAAAAGCUGAUAAAGAGAAACUUACUUUACAGAGGAAACUAAAAACAACUGGCAUGACUGUUGAUCAAGUGUUGGGAGUACGAGCUUUGGAGUCCGAAAAAGAAUUGGAAGAAUUAAAGAAGAGAAAUCUUGACUUAGAAAAUGACAUAUUGUAUAUGAGGACCCAACAAGCUCUUCCUCGAGAUUCUGUUAUAGAAGAUUUGCGUUUACAAAAUAGAUACCUCCAAGAAAAACUUCAUGCUUUAGAAAAACAGUCUUCAAAGGAUACGUAUUCUAGGCCUUCAACUUCAGGAAUAGAGUCAGAUGAUCAUUGUAAAAGAGAACAGGAGCUUCAGAGGGAAAACUUGAAGUUAUCAUCUGAAAAUAUUGAACUGAAAUUUCAGCUUGAACAAGCACAUAAAGAUUUGCCAAGAUUAAAGAAUCAAGUAAGCGAUUUGAAGGAAAUGUGUGAAUUCCUUAAAAAAGAAAAAGCAGAAGUUGAGCGGAAACUUGGUCAUGUUAGAGGGUCUGGUAGAAGUGGAAAGACAAUCCCAGAACUAGAAAAAACUAUUGGCUUAAUGAAAAAAGUAGUUGAAAAAGUCCAAAGAGAAAAUGAACAGUUGAAAAAAGCAUCAGGAAUACUGACCAGUGAAAAAAUGGCUAAUAUUGAGCUGGAAAAUGAAAAGUUGAAGGCUGAAUUAGAAAAACUUAAAGUUCAUUUGGGACGUCAGUUGAGUAUGAGCUAUGAGUCCAAGACCAAAGGCACAGAGAAAGUUGUUGCUGAAAAUGAAAGGCUUCGUAAAGAACUUAAAAAAGAAAUUGAAGCUGCAGAGAAAUUGCGGAUAGCCAAGAAUAAUUUAGAGAUAUUAAAUGAGAAGAUGACAGUUCAACUGGAAGAAACUGGCAAGAGAUUACAGUUUGCAGAAAGUAGAGGUCCACAGCUUGAAGGUGCUGACAGCAAAAGCUGGAAAUCAAUCGUUGUUACAAGAGUGUAUGAAACCAAGUUGAAAGAAUUAGAAACUGAUAUUGCCAAAAAAAAUCAAAGCAUCACUGACCUUAAACAACUUGUAAGAGAAGCAACAGAGAGAGAACAGAAAGUUAAGAAAUACACUGAAGACCUUGAACAACAGAUUGAGUUUCUCAAACACAUUCCUGAAGGUACCGAGACAGAGCAAGGCCUUAAACGGGAGCUUCAAGUUCUCAGAUUAGCUAAUAGUCAGCUGGUUAAAGAAAAAGCAGAAUUAAUCCAUCAGAUUGAAGUUAACAAGGACCAAAGUGGACCCGAAAGCAUCAAGCCUGCAGAUGCUGAUCAACUAAAGGAAAAAGUAAAAGAUCUAGAGACACAGCUCAAAACAUCAGAUCUAGAAAAGCAGCAUUUGAAGGUAAUUAAAUAUUUAAUUACAUCUAAUUUUAAUUUUGUUUUGUGGAAACAGCUGUUGAAAACUAUUUUUAUGACCACCAUCUUUGAGUUUUAAGUAUGUAUCCUAAACAUUCCUGUAAUUACAUCUUAUAUUCAUAUUUGACCUUGAUAUUACAAUCAGUAUUAAAUAAGAACUAACAAAAAAUAAACAGAAAGAAUUAAAGAGUAAAUUUAUUUUUUAAUUGUAACAAAUAUAGCUCAUUAUUUUCAUACUUUCUUAAUUUAAGUUUUGGGUCAUGUUGAGAAUAGUGUUUUUAGUUCAUUUUGAAAUUCUUUUCAGGAAUUUUCUGUU